AUGCAUUUUCUUUGCCUACAUGGAGUGGGCACAAAUAGCAAAAUCCUUGAAGUCCAGAGUGCGGCUGUACGCCGUGAACUAGGUGAUUCGCACACCUACGACUACGCGGAGGGUACACUCCCUACUCCAAUCCUUCCUGAAAUCUCCCCCCACUUCCCAGAUGAAGACGAGGGCUUCGCGUACUUCGAUCCCAGCCGUCCCGAGACUCUCACGGUGGCAAUGGACAACUUGGAAGCCUUUAUUCUAAGCGAGGGGCCAUUUGACGGAAUACUUGCAUUUUCCCAUGGAGCUCAGUUGGCUGCAACCUUUUUGGUCGAGCGCGGUCAGGUCCAAGGAUCUGCGGGGGCUCGAACAUAUAUGACGGAUGAGCGAGAAGGUGGCGACCAUGUGAUGCUGCAUCUUCCAACCGCCCAUUUCUGGGGCCAAAACGAUGACCUUCGGAGCUACGGACUAGAAUUUGGACCUAGUUUCCAAACCCUUUCACAAGCAGAAUGGACGAACUUUGCAAGUCGUGCAGUCCUCACUAUUCAUCCGGCCUCUGAGUACGUGGCACACCCUUGUACUCUGGAUGCUUUGCUUCACCUACCAAUGGUUGCUCUCACGCAAAAUCCAAGACGCCCAAAGUCGACAGCUAUCUCGGCAAAGAUCCGCCGCAUCUGGCUGGACGCUUCAGGCCUCAGUCAUCAAUCCGCCGAGACCCUCAAUGCGACCUCGAUCGUCGUUGCUGAGGAUCGUCGGGGGUGUGAGGUUCAGUCUCAUGCAUUGAACUCUACCCGCACCAGAAUUCUGGCCCAGGUGGAAGGGCUACGCUUGGCCGUAGUCAACACCACGGCGAAAAAUUCUUCUAACUCGCAAGAAGCAGACCGGGAACAAGUUUGGAAUCCGGUCUGGCAGCCUGAUAUUGACCUUAUGACUCUCACCGAACGACAACAAUGGUGCAUGGAACUUCCGAAUGAUUCAGAGAGCGACACGGAUGAGCUUGCGGAUUUUUAUCGAGAUCUAGCGUUUCUGCAUUAUUCAUAUCUGAAGCAAGUCAUCAAUGAUGAUAUGACGCCUCAGCAGCCUCAUUUGCAGCAAUACUUGCAAUGGGCGAAGGAGCAGGUUCAACGAGUAGAAUCUGGCAGAACGCCGCAUUGGGGAGAUGACUGGAAGAUGCUAGCUCAGGAUCUAGGUGGGCGACAGGUCAUAGAAAACAAGCUACUAGAGACAAACGCUCAAGGAAAAGCGCAUGUUGAAGUAGCUCGACAUCUGGAUCAAAUCCUGGCCGACCGACUUGAUCCAUUAGAGUUUCUUUUCACGUCGCCUCUUCUGGACAAUCUCUACGCUGAGCUGAGUGACCACCGUAUGGCAUGCUUUAAGCAGCUGGACCGGUAUCUUAAGCUAUUCGCACACAAGACUCCAAAUGCACGGUACUUAGAAAUUGGCGCUGGAACUGGUGGGACGACAGCAGCGAUUUUAAGUUCACUCCAGGGUGAUGAAGCGGGCGUUGGCUCGGCAGGAACUCUGUACCAGGACUUCACCUACUCUGACAUUUCGGAAGCAUUCUUUGACGCGGCGAAAUCACGUUUCGGGAGGUAUCCGAACAUGCUCUUCCGCCAGUUAGACAUUAGCAAAAACGUGGCCCACCAGGGCUUUAUUGAGGGUUCAUACGAUGUGAUUGUGGCAGCCAACGUCUUGCAUGCCACGGAGGAUCUACGUGCCACCUUGGAGACUGUGCAGACUCUGCUACGGCCUGGAGGUAAGCUGAUCUUAUUUGAGAUAACUGCACCCGAACUAGGUCGCAGUGGGUUUAUCAUGGGACUGCUCCCUGGGUGGUGGCUUAGCUCCGAAGGUUAUCGGCCUCGAGGGCCUUGUGUGGCUUCGGCUACAUGGAACACGCUAUUUGAGGAAGCCGGCUUCACAGGACUGGAACAUGAAUUUUAUGAUUAUAUCAAAGAUGAAUCUUAUGAGCUAAGUGUGCUCAUCACCUCCAAAAAGCCUGAACCGUCCGCUGCGAUGCUGCAACGGCAAACUGCCUCGGAAUCAGCCACAGACACCAUAAACAUUGUCCCAAGUUCGAUCGGCCUUUCAAAGGAGAAUGGACACUUCAAGAAUGCCAUAGCAAUCCAAAAAUAUCUCCAUGGCAUUGGUUUAUCGAGUCAAUUGAUUUCUAUGGACAAAAUUUCCCGCAGCACAGGCCUGACAAUCGUGACCGCCGAUUUGGAUCUUGAGCGGCCCUUCCUAGAGAAAAUGCGCCCCAGAGACUUUGCUGCAAUGCAAAACCUCAUUUCCCGCAGCCAAAACCUGGUCUGGGUCACGCGCACUGUUGAUGACGGCUCUUCUUCCCCGUCCUACAACAUGAUCGCAGGAUUAGUGCGGGUCAUACACGCGGAAGAGGAAGGACAUAGACUUUUGCGGGUAGGAUUGGAGCCCAUCUCGAGUGACGGACCUAGUGAGUCACAAAUGACUGGGCUUCUUAGCGCAAUCCAGCAGAUGAUUGGCGCGGCUUCGGCAGAUACCUUUGAAAUGGAAUUCGAGCAGCGGAAUGGGCUUUUCCAGAUACCUCGCCUGAAGCUCGACACAGAGUGCCAGGACGGCAUCCAUGAGAUCCUACAUCCACAGGUGUCACGCGACUUGCCUUGGAAUCAGGCUCCUUUGCCAUUGAGGCUCACGACUGAAACACCGGGGCUAUUGGAAUCCUUGCGGUUUGUCGUGGAUGAGGAUCAGCAAAAGGUGCCCCUGGCCGACGAUGAAGUGGAGAUCGAGGUGCGGGCUGUGGGAGUAAAUUUCAAAGACUGCCUUAUUGCACUGGGAAGGGUGCCGGCAGAAACUUUGGGAAAUGAGUGCGCUGGCAUCGUGACACGAGUGGGUGCUUCCUAUCGGUCGAAAUUUACCAUCGGCGACCGUGUGUGCAUGUCUACGGUCGAGGCUUUCAAGACAUUUGCGCGCAGCAAAGCACAGGGUGUAUGUCGUCUCCCUGAUUCCAUGGACUUCACGACGGCGGCGGCAAUACCUACACAGUUUGUUACAGCUUGGACAAGUCUCCGGGAAAUUGGUCGUUUGACCCGUGGUGAAAGCGUUCUUAUCCACGCUGGUGCUGGUGGCACAGGUCAGGCAGCCGUACAGAUCAGUCAGUAUCUCGGGGCCGAGGUCUUCGUGACAGUGAGUUCAGACGCCAAAAAGCGGCUACUGACGACCACGUAUGGAAUCCCCGAGGACCACAUCUUUUAUAGCCGAGAUACUUCCUUUGCCGUUGGCGUCAAGAACGCCACGGGAGGCCGCGGGGUGAAUCUGGUGCUCAACUCUCUUUCGGGUGAUAGCCUGUUAGCAUCGUGGGAUUGUCUCGCCCCGUACGGCCGAUUCGUAGAGAUUGGGAAAAAGGAUAUUCUCGAAAAUGCCUCCCUACCUAUGCUCCCCUUCAACCGGGGCGUCAGUUUCUCAGCCUUUGAUGGACCGACUUGGAUGCUUGAACGUCCCGAGCAGGCCGAACGCGGCAUCCAUGCUAUCAUGGAUCUGUUCAAGCAAAAUGUCUUCCACGUUGCCGAGCCUCUGCAGAUACGCCCUGUAUCAGAAGUGCGAGAGGCGUUCGCAGCACUGGCCGAUGGCAAAACCAGCGGGAAAACAGUGAUCUCGAUCACUCCCACGGCUAUCGUUCCCAUGACCAUUCCUCGCGUCUCGAGUUCGGAUACUGGCUUUCCAUCCGACGCAACGUACGUUCUGGCAGGUGGAUUUGGAGGCAUUGGUCGAAGUAUCGCGCGAUGGAUGGCCCAACGGGGUGCCCGUAGCCUUCUCAUUCUCUCCCGCAGUGGUCCCCGAACCCCCGAGGCCUGCUCCCUGGUUCAGGAGCUCACCAGGACUGGUGUCGCUGUUCAAGCGCCUGCCUGUGAUAUCACCGAUUCUAGGGCAUUGCAAUCUGUGAUUUCUGAGUGUCAAAGGAACAUGUCCCCCAUCCGCGGUUGCAUCCAGGCGUCAAUGGUUCUACAAGAUACCUUGUUAAGAGACAUGACUCAUCCCCAAUGGGCAGCUGCCGUGGAUCCCAAGGUUGUCGGAACCUGGAACUUGCAUACCUGCCUUGAAAAGGAGCGACUCAGCUUCUUUAUCUGCCUAUCUUCCGUUUCUGGCGUGGCGGGUCAGCGCGGCCAGUCUAAUUAUGCCGCAGGAAACACUUUUCAGGAUAGUUUAGCCCGCUACCGUAUCGCGCGGGGUCAGCCAGCUGUCAGUCUUGAUCUAGGUGCCAUGGUUGAUGAUGGCUUCCUCACUCAGAACCAAGCCGUCCGCGAGAGACUGGUAGGAGGCGGCUCAAUGUUGCCCGUCACACGGGAAAAGUUUUUGGCGGUCUUGGAGUAUUACUGUUGUCGCCUUCCUGUAGCUGGCAUGGGCAACAGCCAAUUGACAAUAGCCAACUCCCAGACGGUCUUUGGAGUAAAUACUCCACAGGCUAUGUAUGCGCGGGGACUGGACUUGCCUAACUGGAUGCAGCGCCCCAUAUUUAGCUUCCUGCAUCGAGCUUUUUCCUCUAGUCAGCAAACUCACCGGGGCCGGAACCAGCGUGAUUUCAGGGCAGAUAUAGCGCAGGCUACAACAAUUGAAAAGGCCACUCAGAUUAUUGCUGACGCCCUGGUCUCGAAGCUAGUGCGGAGCCUGUCCGCUCUGGAAGCCGAGAAAGUGAAAGUGGAUAUGCCAAUUGUGAGUUAUGGUGUUGAUUCGUUGCUUGCAGUCGAGAUCCGGAGCUGGUUGGGUAGUACCUUUCAGGCCGACGUGCCCACAUUCGAAAUCCUUGGAGGAAUAGAUUUUGAGCGACUGGGAAGACUUGUGGCAAUUAGGAGCACUGCGAAGAAAGGUUGGGCUUGA